AUGGACAGUGGUGAAGAAACGGUCGUACUGUCUGAUUCAAGGGCAACUGUAAAUGCGUCUGACAUUAUAGCCUCCAUCGCUGAGAUCUCUGCAGACUUUACCCAAGUCUUGGCUGAGCCGAGCUCUGUGUCCUCUGUCCACCCCACAUGGACUGAGCCGUCUGAACCUGUUACUACAACAGAGACUUUACUUCCUGACACCUGGUCACACAUGGACUCGAGGCGGGAUGAGACAUCAGAAGUUAUCAGUGCCACCUUGUCUUCGUUUCCCGACAUGCCAUCUGUUGUUUUCACCUGGGACGCCGCGCAGCAAUCGGGGACCUCUGAGAUUUUCCUGGCAGGUUUGGACACGUCUGUUGAUGCCACACAGCAC